AGCACACACGGUCGAAAAUGGCGUCGUCGAAAACCCAACGUUGGAUGGUAGAUUCGGGCAUUCUGCGUAAAAAGAAUACCGACGAGGAAUCGCAGGAGCUGUUGGUCUUCGGAUACAGCUGCAAAUUAUUUCGCGAUGAUGACAAGGCGAAAAUGAUUGAUCAGGGAAAGCAUUUGAUACCAUGGAUGGGCGAUAGCACGUUGAAGAUAGACAGAUACGAUGGGCGAGGAGCACUGGCCGACUUACGAAUUCACGAACCACCACCAGGUGGUUUUGAUCAGCGGACGAUACUUACGGAAGAAGAGCUGAAAGUAGAGCAACUCUGCGAUGAGGAGCGCUAUCGGUCACUCUAUAACAGCGAUGUGGAAGAAUCGACGUAUCAUGAAGAAGAAAUAAGACGGUUACACCAAGCGCUAGAUUCUGAAUCUUACAAUCAAGUGGGAUAUAGUUACAACGAAGAUGAAAACAGUCAGAAGGCCUCUGGCGAGGACUCGCAAAGCCCCAAACAAUCGGAGGGCUCGCAGGAAGAAGAUCAGGCAUUUGUACCGCCUCCAGAAUUGGAAAUUCCCGAGGGGAUGAUCUUGCCGGAGACACAGAAGUUGAAUGCCAUUAUAACGAAAACGGCGUUGUUUAUAAGUCAACACGGGAGCCAAAUGGAAAUCCUGAUAAAGACGAAACAAGCAAAUAAUCCACAGUUUGCGUUCCUAGCGAUAGACGGGCCGCUUCAUCAAUAUUAUAAGUUUGUCCUCGAUGCGAUCAAGAGCGGAAAAUAUAAUCCCGAAAAACAACCUGAGAAAGAAGAAACAGAACCCGAAGAAGAGUCAGACCAAGAUGACGAACCGUACCUACAUCCAAGCCUUGCGUCGUCACUUACCAAAAUUGAAGCGGCACCAAGCAUACCAAGCAUACAGUACAAGCCGUCGGCGGAUUGCGCUUAUUCCAUGCUCGUGAAUAAGAUCACGGGUAAACCACCACCGUCUAAAGCACCACCGCCAGCAGAUCCGGCAGUUCAGCAGCCAAUCCCAUCCGCAGGAUACUACCCUUCACUGCCCGUACAAGGUUAUUCUUAUCCCGCACCCAUGCAAUAUUCGCACGGUCCAGUUAUAUAUGGACCAAACGGGCAGAUGCAAACACCUACGACACACGGUCUGCCGACUAUGCCUAACGAUGUAACUGCGGCGCAAACCACACCCAAAGAAGCACCUGUGCCGUUAGUACCGUACGGAUUACCUACGCAGAAGCCACUCAGUAGACCCUCCUUUAUCGUGCCGCCAGCUGAGGUGCAGAUUAUCAUCGACAAGAUGGCAAGUUACGUGGCGAAGAAUGGUCGCGACUUUGAGACAAUUGUGAAGAAUAAGGGAGAUCCUAGAUUCAACUUUCUGGAACUAUCGCAUCAGUAUCACGGUUAUUACGCGCACAAGCUCACAAUGUGCGAGGGUGCGAUAAAUCCAAAAGUACUUACGGAAGAAGAGUUGCUGCAGAAGCAAGAGCCGCAGGAAGAGAAGCAGAAGAAGCUCGAGGAACUGCAGAAGAAACAGCAGCGAAUGGAAGAGGUGCAGAAGCGAGUGAAGAUGAUACAGGCGAAGAAAAAAAAUGGCGACACAAAGACGAAGCAGAGCACCGGAUCGGGAAAACAGAUUACAACCGUAUCGUUUUCCAUCAAGAAGCCAAAAGACGGAGAUAGCACGGUUAUAGAAAAGAGAAACGCGUUGCCACUUGAGGAGAGCGACGAAGAGAUGGAGAACGAAAAAAAAGAUGAGAAUUCCAAGCCUGGUUCGCCUCAGGACGGCAUCGCCGAUGUGAAUCCUACCAGCGACAAAGAUCCCGCAAAAUUGGAAAAGAAACCGAAAUAUGACGCGAAAGAACUGGUGGAUUUGACGGACGACGUCUUGGAAGAUUGUCAGAAGGAAAUGAGGGCGCAAGAAGAUCGGAUCAAAGACAAACUCGUAGCGGCGGCGCGAGAUAAGCUGUUGUCCCGGGAACGUCAGCUUCAGCUGGAGAGAAAGAAAAAGGCGGCCAUAUUUCUUAGUCAUAUCCAAGCACCGGUGCUUAAAACCGGUUCCGUCACUGCCACCACGGCGCAUCCGAGCUCGCGAAAGGACGAUUUAGACGAGGUGCGCUCCGUACCGUCACCGUCUCUCGAGGGUAGCAAAAACAAAUCUUCACAGGAUACAAGAACGUGUAAUAAUUCCUUAAUGGAUCGGCUGAAGGGUGCUGACUUAAGCGGCAAGAGAUCGCGACCGCGUUCCAGGAGUCGUAGCGGAAGCCGCACGGACAGACACAAAUUGCACAAGAAGCACAAGAAAAAGAAAAGUUCACAUCGAAGCAGUUACGAUAGUUCGAGCUCAUCGCGUUCACAUCGGUCGAAGAAGACCAAGAAAUCAUCGUCACGACACAGAUCUCGUUCGCGCAGUCCCGCCCACAGACAACGACACAUGUCGCGACGGCGAGGAAGCAACACGAGCUACUCGGACUCGAGCUCACCGUAAUGAUAUCACUUCGAUUAAGUUUCACCACGAACAAUUAUUGUACAUACGCUAUAUUCGAUAUAUUAUACGUAUAUAACACAUCACCUACAUAUACAUAUAUAUAUAUAUAUUUUAUAUAAUCGCGUGUAUAUUGUAACGGCAAGUUUAAUACAAAUUUUUGUUAUAUAAAAUAACAAAAACGCGUACCUGCUUCUUCAGUUCUAUCCAACGUGUAUUAUGUUAUCUCUGUGCACGUGUGUACGCGCCGAAUUCACAUUUUUCACUCUUUUCAUUUUUUUUAAUUUUUCCUUCUCUCUCUCUCUCUCUUUCUCGGAAUUUUAAAUUAAGCGAUCGGUUACACCAUUACACGUGUUACCGUUGAGUUGAAAUUAAUUGCACUUAAAUUUUUUUUUAAUUUCAAUUUGUAUGUGACACGCGUAAUGUUCCUCUUCGGUCGUUAGAUACGCAUGUGCUCGAUCAUUCCGUACAUUACACGUGUCGUCGUCAAAUUGAAAUUAAAUUGAAACUUUUUAAUUUCGAAUCACGAGACACGUGUAAUGUUCGGUUUUCUAAGUAACAUUACACGAUACGAAAGACCGAGAUGAUUAUGCAAUAUGUAAAGGUUAUCGAGUCGGAUAUUUCCACGCGCAGCUCGAAAAUCGCAAGUAAUAUCGUUUAUCAGUACUGAAACGUAAAUCGACCGUCAUUAUCGUCACAUUUUCGCCAAGUCAUUUAUGCACAAGCGUAUAAAUCGUAAAUAAAACGUUAGCGACGGUGUGUGUGACUGAAAUUAUUUGCGGAGCAAAUCAAAGAGAAAUAAUAAAAAAAAAGAAAAACAAACAAACGUGCCACGCGCGUAACCCAUAAAACGCGCAACAAUUGAAUCCAUUUCACCGCGGCGGCGUGGCAUCAAUUAUAUUAUACAUUUGACAUCAUUCGCGCGCAAUAUAUGUUCGUUGCGCCAAGUGUCAACUGAUCGUCUCGAUCGCGAAAUCCCGAUCCAGUUUUAACGCGGUUAAACGAAGCUAUUCACCAUUCUCAGUGUUAUAAAUCGCUGAUUUAUAGUCAGAUGAUUUAGAAAUUUAUAUUUUUAGAAGUGCUAUUAUUGGCAUUCACGCACGUUUGUCUCGCUGAUAGUUUUGUUUUGUUUUACGAUCUCCAGAACACUUAGCUUGUUUUUUUUUUUCUUUCAUCGUGCCGUGUUUUACGAAAUAUUAACGAGCGUAUGUGUAUGUACGCAUAUAAAUGUGAUGUUACAAGGAAAAUGAAACAAACCCUUCAUUGAACACAUCGCUGAAAUAAAGAAAUUCCGCUCGUACAUUUUUUCAAAGUAUCACUCGCAGAGACUCGCGCGGCUCGGUCACAAUUUCUUUCAUCACAUAAAGGAUGUCAUUCAUAACUGACGAUAAGUUAAUAUUCCAUAUUGGUUCCAGUCCAAUUUUCUGCUCUUUAUCUCACAAUAAUUAUACCAUAUUCUAUUUUUAAAACUCCCGAUUCCUCACACAUUGCAAUCAAGUCGUUACGGUGUUGCGAUGUUUACAUUAGAAGCAAAAAGACACGUUUGUGAGUCACGUUCGAAGUAGCUAAUAAAUAAAUUCGCCCACACUGGAGCAUUCAAUUGUGUAUAAAUAUUGCGCAGAUUAGUAAAAUAUCCAACACAUUUCCUGUUUUCUUUCUCUGUGUCUGCGCGUGUAUCGAAACACAUAAAUCGCGAUCUACCUAUGUGUUUUUCUUUGUUGCAUAAUUUUUGACAAAAAUAACAAUUUAAAACAAGUUUUUUAGAUAUUGAUUAAUCUCCGAAUCAAAGAGACAAAGUUUUGUAUAAAUUUAUAUUUGUAUAUUUCCCGCGUAUUACAUAAAUAGUAAGUAUUACAUAAAUAGUAAGUUGCGUUUAUAUGUGCAAAAAAAAGAAAUCGUGCAAUACGUAGUAAAUAUAAAUUGCGAAAGGUCGGUAUCGAAGAAGAAUACAAAAAUCGUUUGCUGAAUUUAUGUGUUUACAAUAUAUGUGAAUAGUGGGGAACAGA